GUUGUCUCUCUGUUUAAUCACUCACAUGAAAAGAAUAGCUUCACUCCUCUCACCGAAACUAAACCCACGAACAAAAGUUUUAUCUGAGACAUCAAUGGAGAAAUUAGAUAAACGAAGCGAAGAAGAAACUUAUCUAUGGGUUCCAUUUCAGUUCCUCGACCAAACUCUUAGAGCUAUCUUCAGGUGUCUUGGCCUUGUUCAUCACCAUUCUCCAACGACGACGUCUCCGGUGACUUUAAACCAGUCGGAGGAGGAAGAAGAUGAAGAUGUUGCCACCAAAGAGGACGUCGGUGUGACGACUAGGGGCGGUAAAGACGGCGUCGUUGUGUCGAGUAGGGGCAUAAAGGUCAGAGCAAAGAAGAAAGGGAAGGAAAGAGUUAGCUCCGGCCGUCCUGGCCAGCAUCACUAGCACAUAAAUUACAUUUUUUAGUGCAAUUAUUCGCAAUCAAAAUACUCACUCAGGUUCAGAAUUAUUUGAUGUUUAAGUUAUUUGAUGUUUAAGGUUUUUGCACACAGUUUAAAGAUU